ACUCCAAGUGACGCAACAUGACUACUGAAGGGCGAUGGCCAGCCACGCGUGAAGACGGUUUCACGAUGUAGCGUUUGCUUUAAAGGCGCCGUUAUAAUGCUUGAUUUUUGACUUCUUGGUCGGAGCGACGCUAUGAUAAAGCAAGAGUUUCAGCUGGUCAAUCUAAAGUUGAUACACACGUCUCCGAAGGACUUCGCCAGCUCCGAUUGGUUCUCGCUGCCGGUGGUUAUCGUGUACCGGACUGCACUGGCCGUGUACUGUUUCGUAUGGCUGGUCUUCAGCGGCUUCAGCACCAUGCUGGGGGGAGACACAUGGUUCAUCUACCUGACGGACUGGACGUACACCUGUGUCACCGUCUACUUCCUUGCAGCGGCCACCCUCUCUACGACAGAGUACGUAAAACAGCGACGACAAUCCGACAAAUACCGACCGCUCCCCGACAGCGAUGCGGAACCCACCGAUAAAACAGCGACUUCCGGGAACUCGGACGAUGUAAUGUACUGGUACCACAAAGCAUUGUGGGUAUUAUACAGCAUGGCCGCGGAUAUGGCUGUUGUGGUUACUGUCUCUUAUUGGACGCUUCUUUAUCACGGUUUCAAGAUAUAUCUGCUAAACGUCAACGUACAUUUGCUGAAUUCCGUGUUCAUGUUGGCGGAAACGAUGCUGUGUUCGAUCCCAAUCAGACUUUUUCACGUGGUGUACCCGUUCUGUUAUGGUGCUGUCUAUAUCCUAUUCACAGUCGUGUAUUGGAGCUUGGGUGGGAAGAACAAUGACGGACAGCCCUAUAUUUAUCCUGUAUUAGACUACACGCACGCCCUGAGAUUAGCUCUGGGCGUAGCAUUUGGGGUACCUUUGGUGGUACUCCCCCUAGUGCACGUGUUUAUGUACGGGAUAUACAGAUUGAGGUGUUGCUUUGCAAAGAAAGAUGUGUAUGAAUGAUUGGUUAGUAUUUUUGUGUAUCCAGGUAAAACAGGUAAUUGAUAAAAAGGUCGAUAAAUAAGUAUAUGUAGUUUAAAUAAAAUAAACGCUCUAUUUCAAGUUU